AUGAUCGCGGGCCAGCAGGUCUCGGUGCAGUCGGCCCGGGCCAUCGUCGGGCGGCUGGAGGAACGGGUCGCCCCGCUGACGGCGGCAGGUUUCCUGCGGCUCGACGAGGACGACCUGAAGGCGAUCGGCUUCAGCCGCCCCAAGAUGCGCUACGGACGCCUGCUGGCCGAGGAGAUCGUCAGCGGCCGCCUGGAUAUCGACGGCCUGGCCGGGAUGGAGGAUGCGGCGGCGAUUGCGGCCCUGACCCGCGUGAAGGGGAUCGGGCCCUGGACGGCGGAGAUCUAUCUGCUUUUCGCCCUCGGGCGGCCCGAUGUCUGGCCGGUGGACGAUCUGGCGCUCUGUGUCGCCGUCCAGCACCUGAAGGCUUUGGAGGCGCGGCCCGACCGUAAGGCGAUGUUGACUCUCGGCGAGCCAUGGCGUCCUUUCCGCAGCGCGGCAGCGCGCUUCUUGUGGCAUCUCUAUCGCCACCCGGGGGUCGCCCUCGGAGACCCUGAACCCGUGGACAUUCAAAGCAUCGACGGCCCGCGUCACGGGCCCGCUGAGGGCGUGCCGGUCUCGCGCCUCGUUGUCUUUCUGCACGGCCUGGGGGCGGACGGCAACGAUCUGAUUUCCCUGGCGCCGCUGCUCUCUCCUUUGCUCCCCGGCACGGCCUUCGUGUCGCCGCACGCGCCUUUUCCCUGCGACAUGGCGCCGAUGGGGCGCCAGUGGUUCAGCCUGCAGGACUUCUCGCCCGCCGCCAUGCAUGCGGGGGCCGUGGCCGCCGCGCCGAUCCUGAAUGCCUUUCUCGAUGCCGAGCUGGCCCGCCACGGCCUGCAGGACCGGCAGUUGGCGCUGAUCGGCUUUUCCCAGGGCACCAUGAUGGCGCUUCACGUGGCUUUGCGGCGGGCCAGGCCCUGCGCCUUGGUGGUCGGCUUCUCCGGGGCGCUCGUCAGGCCCGAGCUGCUGGCGGAAGAGGUGGUGAGCCGCCCGCCGGUGAUCCUCGCCCACGGCGAUGCGGAUCCGGUGGUGCCCUUCGCCGCCAUGGCAGGGGCGGAAAGCGCCCUGAAAGUUAACGCGGUGCCCGUGCAUACGCUGGCGCGCCCGGGCCUUGGCCAUGGCAUCGACCAGGAAGGUCUGGAAUUUGCUGCGGCAGCGCUCCGGCAGUAUCUGAUGGCGGAGGAGCCUCCGGAGGCGCGCGGCGGUUCGAACGCCUGA